AUGGAAAAUAAGAAGUCAUCUCGAGCUCCAAUAAAUUGCCCAGAUUGCUCAUUCCAACAAGCAUGUCGCAAAAGCGAAGUCUCACAUCAAUGGCAAAUCUGUGUUUCUACAUAUUUUUUUCUAGUUUAUAGUGAGUUUCUAGUUUUUCCAAGUUUCUAACAAAAUCUAACUCAUUUUCAGAAAUCUUCUCAAUAUUUGCAACAUUUGGAUUACUGUAUCUAAACUACAGUCCUUUCAACAAUCACAUUUUCAAUUUCAUAUUUUUAAAAUGUCGUUAG